AUGGCCUAUGUGACCGUGGCACAGCAGCUGCAUCUCAGCCCCCGGUCACCGCACGUCGGCCACAAUGCAGCGGGGCGCAAAUUUGCCAACGCGGUUGGGCAGCAGCUUCGAGCCAAACACAUUAGUUGGGUCGGUGACGACCACGUCUCCGUGGACGCUACCGACUCCCUUGCCGAACUAGACACGCAACAUCUAGCAGCACCUGUCAAUGCAUACAUCGACCACAAGCUCACAAUCCUCAAGGGUAGAAAAGGAUACAACGACAGCGUUUUGGCCGAGGUGUCACACGAAGUCCGCGAACGAGCAGAGAACACCUUUUUGUGGGUGGCCCUCGCGUUCAAAGUCCUCGAGACAGUGCAUGGAGGGUACGCUGUCAAGCGUAUUAAAGAUAUGCCUCCUGGCUUGUCGGAAUUGUACGAUCACAUGAUGACCAGGAUUGAGGAGGGGCAAGUGAUUGAGCCCCAGGACUAUCCCCUGGCUCCAAUACGAUACUCUUGCAUCUUCUGGGCCGACCAUCUCUGCUCCUUGAGCAGCGACAACUCCAGGCUCCUGGGAGAACUGACGGACGACGGGAAGGUGUUUGGAUUCCUGAAAGAAUACUUCCUCCGCUGGCUUGAGAAAAGAUUCUAUAUGCCGCUCAGACCAGUGGGCGCGUAUCGGCAGACGCUCGAGGGGCAUAGCGGCUCGGUCAGCAUAGUAGCGUUCUCGCCAGACGGUAAGACGCUAGCGACGGCUUCAGACGAUAGGACCGUCCGGCUCUGGGAUACGGCGACCGGCGUGCACCAGCAGACGCUCGAGGGGCAUCGCGGCUCCGGCGCAUAUCGGCAGACGCUCGAAGGGCAUUGCGGCUCGGUCAGCGCAGUGGCGUUCUCGCCGGACGGCAAGACACUCGCGUCGGCUUCAAGUGAUAAGACCGUCCGGCUCUGGGAUGCGGCGACCGGCGCUCACCGGCAGACGCUCGAGGGGCAUGGCGAUUCAAUCUGGGCAGUGGCGUUUUCUAUGAAUGCGGCUCUGGCGACCAGAAACCAGCCAGCAGUGUUCUCUUCGUCGGCGACGAUUGGGUCACAAGAAAUGGGAAGAGCGUUCUUUGGCUUCCCGCCGACUAUCGGGCAACAUGUGUGGCGGUUCAUGGUCACACAAUCAUCCUAG